UGACAACGUCCUCCCAUCGUCAUAAAUAGAGCCGGAAGCAGAACGUCAACACCUAGAAAUCAACCAGUGGACAUAUGCAGACACAGCACAGGGUUAUAGUGUGGACGUGAAAUGCCAAGGGGAUACGGUGUCUGCCCAGAGCCUACUAACCAAUAGCCUCUUCACACGGAUAAAGACAUCAACAAACGAAGGAUGUGCCCCAAUGCUGACGAUGUAUCCCCAAAGUCUCUAUGACCAAAUUUCAAAUCGGUCUGCAACUUGGAUGUAGGUCUACCUACCUAAGCUCAUUUACAACACUUCUCAACCAACCAGCCCUAACCAAAUAAACUCUGCACCUCUGAAACCCAAGAUGGCUUCUAGACAAAGUGCCCUAACUGCUGCCGUGGUUACCCUGUUGGGAGCCACCUUGGGUGGCCUGUUGCUAUGGCGACAGAGAGCCAUAAGGACAAAGAAGCAACAGCUUUCUGCUCAGGGUCUGAAGGGUCAGGUAAGGGUCAGCUCUUGUCCCUUACCUGUGGAACCAGAGCCUGUGGUUCUGGACUGUAAGAACCCAGUGGAGUCCCAAAUCCAGUCUAAGCAGACCCAGCUAUCCCCGGGUCAGAGUCUGGUCCUCCCCCUGCCUGCUGUGCUACCCCCUGUUGACCAGGCCCUGGCGGUGCAGCCGGUGAUGGUAAGCUCUGAGAAGGAGUGGGAGCAGCUGUGGCCCAUGCUGCAGAAGGAUCUGUCAGUCUAUCCUGUCCUCGGCCUGGACUGUGAAUGGGUGAAGAGUCAAACUAAUACCCUGGGUGUGUCAGUGAAGGAUAAGACUUCAACAGUCUCUUUACUCCAGAUGGCUUCCUACUCUGGUCUGUGUGUGUUGGUGAGGCUGCAGCCGUUCCGUGCUGGCCAGCAGGACUUGCCACUUACCCUGAAAGAGGUCCUCAGCGACCCUCACAUCCUGAAGGUGGGUGUGGGCUGCUAUGAGGACGGGAAGCGUCUGACACGAGACUAUGGCCUGGCGCUGGGAUGUACUGUGGACUUAAGAUACCUUGCACUACGACAAAGGAAGGUGGUGUUGAAUAACGGUCUGAGUCUGAAGUCUCUGGCAGCUGACCUGCUCAACGUCUCUCUGGAGAAAUCCUUGGAGCUGCGCUGUAGUGACUGGGAGGCUGACCCGCUGACCUUACAACAGAUGACCUACGCAGCCCGAGACGCACAGGUAUCCAUCGCCCUCUUCUUCCGCCUGCUCGGCCUCCACUCAGACACCACGCCCUCACUUGACACUGGGAGUGGCUACUCCCAGCUGGCCAAUUGCUGCCAGGGCGUGGUGGACACACCCUUCAGGGGGUGGGUUGGAGGAGAGUGCGAGGAUGGAGGGAAAAGCGUGGAUCGAGAGAGGAGGAGGAGGAGUAGGAAGCUCCAGCAGUCUGUUUUUGAAAGCCAAGAGUCUGGGGACCAGCAAGUUCCAGACCCCAGGAAGAACAACAAGAGAAAAUCGCUCGGGGUGGGCUACUCUGCCAGGAAGUCCCCUCUCUAUGACAACUGUUUCCUCCAUGCCCCGGAUGGACAACCCCUCUGUACCUGCGACAAGAAGAAGGCCAAGUGGUACCUGGAUAAAGGAAUAGGAGUGCUGCAGAGUGAGGAUCCAUUCAUUGUGCGUCUGCUGUUUGAGCCUUCGGGACGUCCAGACUCCCAGCAGGACUACUACCUGACUGCCAAGGAGAACCUGUGUGUGGUGUGUGGCAAGAACGACUCUUAUAUCAGGAAGAACAUCGUUCCCCAUGAGUACAGACGUCACUUUCCCACGGAGAUGAAAGACCACAACUCCCAUGACAUCUUGCUGUUGUGCACUUCCUGUCACGCGGCCUCCAAUGUCCACGAUGGCUUCCUGAAGCAGCAGCUGGCUGAUGAACAUGCUGCCCCCCAGGGUUGUGAGGAGGGCGUGCGGCUCCUGGAGGACUCUGACCGCAGGAGGGUUCGUUCUGCAGCCCGUGCCCUCCUGACUGCGGGGGAAGGGCUCCCUGGGCCCCGGAGAGACGAGCUGCAGGAAGUCAUCAGGAGUUUCUUCAACGACCUCGACGGGGAGCUGACGACAGACACCCUGCAGAGUGCUGCUGGCCUAGAGACACGGAUCUUCAAUGAGAGCUAUGUUCCCCACGGGCUGAAGGUGGUGCAAGCGCAUGCCAAGCAGGGUCUGAAGGGGUUAAUGGGCCUAGAACGCCACUGGAGGCAGCACUUCCUGUCUACCAUGACGCCGCGCUACCUCCCUCCUCUGUGGUCCGUCAACCACAACCACAGCAAGUUCCUACGCAAAUACGGCGAGGAUCUCCCCAUCCAACUUAACUGAACUACAGUCUACGUUUUUUAACCUGGAAAGGGCCAGGCAGUUUGGCAUGACAAGGAGUCUAAGGAAAUGGAUUGGUAGCCAGGCUCCAUCUCUCUCUAUUUAUCCAUCAGCUUCUCUCUUCUCUUCUCUGGAUCACCGUAUUUUCAGUAGUUAAAACAGAAGCUACAUUAUCCACACUGGAGCCCAGAGAGCUGACUGACCGACCUACGGUGUCUGGUGGUAGUCUCACCUCCGCCUGGGACGAGGCAGUCUGUCACCCUGUUCCUAUAUGGUGACAUACAUGUUGAGUCAGACAUAUAGACUUACGGCCCUCGCUUGAACUCAAAACGUCCCCUACAGGCCCUCCGAUGAACUAGAGCCAGAGACUAGCAGAGACCAUUGGCUGAAAUGGUACCCCUCUUCUUUAUAAAGGGCAGUACUUUAGACCAGGGCCCACAGGGGUGCACCAUGUAGUGUCUAGAGCUAUUUCAGAUAGCUGGACAGAGGUACGGCCUAGCUGGAGCCCGAGGAGAUGGACAGACUGCCUUGGUUCUGACAGAGGUACGGCCUAGCUGUAGCCCGAGGAGAUGGACAAGAUUGCCUUGGUUCUGACAGGUAAAGGAAGUCUGUAUCAAGAACACCAUCCAUGCUGCAGGAUUCAUAAUGAAAUUAUAUUGCAUAUGGACACUUUUUAACCAACACUGUGGUUUGGUUUCCCGGACAGAUUGACUAGUCCUGGUCUUAAAAAUCCAUUUUAAAUGGAGAUUCUCUCCAGGACUAGAUUUAAUCUGGGGCCAGUAAACCAGCCCUAUGUAUAUCAAUAAAUAAAAAUGUGAAAUGUGAUUUUCACCAAUUUCAGAAAAUCAUGUAUUUUAAGACUACGCUGAAACCUGCUCUUAAUUCUCGUGAAAUAUAAAUUAUAAUUUUCCCCUGCAGGUUUUCAGCCCUAAUGAUGAUUCCUAUGCGUUUGUGUAUGUGCGGAAGUCAACGGUUUGCUUUGCAAAGGUGACUUUAAUUCAACGACACGAUUUGACGUUCCCAUUUGUCUUCAACCGAUCAGACAUUAUGAUAUGACCACCAGCCAUUGGAUGGGUCACAAAUUACACUACCUUUUGAACGGGGACCCACAAGGCAGUGCGUUUUUUUUUUAUAUAGUGAUUUAAGGUUCCAUUUCAGUCACAGUCACUCUCAGGUUCAGUAGGACAACGUAGAACGCUUGGCGACGUGACAUCACUUCCUCCUGUACGGUCUGGCUUGCAUCCCAAAUUGCACCCUAUUCUCUACAUGGUGCACUACUUUAUGUUGGUCAUGGAUGUGUUCUCUCGCUCUCUCUCUAAUCAGGACACCUCAUGUCACAUGUUUUAGUGUGACUCUUCCCCUCAUUAGAAGAGACUAAAAUCAGGACACGUCUUCAUUCCUCUACAACAGUUCCAGUCCAACCUCCUUUCCCCCCCUCCUAAUCAUUUCACAUUGAGAUAAGGACCAGCCUGUAUGUAUUGGUAGCCUGAGAGUGACUAGCUUCAUUGGUUAGUAAAGAAUGAUGGCCUUCUUGUACAGCGCGGCUAACCUGCUGACGCGUACGCCGCGGCUAAUGCGUACAGCGCGACUAACCUGCUGACGCGUACGCCGCGGCUAACGCGUACAGCGCGGCUAACCUGCUAACGCGUACAGCGCGGCUAGCCUGUUUUGCAAAGCAGAGAUUUUCAUGUUCUCGAGCAUGACGACAAUUUGCGUUUUUGUUUAAAUUGAGAAGUUGUUUAACUUAAAAGAAACCAGCAGCUUUUUCUUUUAUUUACAUUUGUCCAGAUGUAUAGAAGCUGUUCUGUUUCCCUAAUAUUGUAAAAUAAAAGAUCAGAUUUGUCUACUUCUGAGGCUGGUUUUGAUUAUUCAGAGUGGCUGGAUUGUAGUGUUGUCAUGGACAAUUCUUUUAAGUGAGACGUUUUGUUAUUUCUUCAAACAAUGAAUCUUUAUUGAUUUUUUUUUAAGAAUUGCAAUAAUGAAGCUGAUCAACGACCGUCCAUUGUUGAUCGUUUGAUAACCUUAGAAGGAAACCGUGGGUCUUUCUUAAAUAUAUAGCUAACACUAAAAAUGCUUAGUCAUGGCUGAUUCCACCCCACCCCUGCAGCUCGGGGCAUCACGAGCCAUCUUGGGUUCAUCUUGUGAGUUUUGUGGUGUUUCUCAGACGCCAAGAUGAUUUAGAAACAACGAGGGGUUUGUGUUUUACUCCUCCAGGCCAUCUCUAGCUCGGGUCCCAAACACCAACUCAUUCUAUGGUAUGCAGGUUGUAGGUUUAAUCGCCAAGCCAUCACAAAUCAAUUUCUUAGUGUCAAGCCCCGGAGGCCCAACUCACUCACACACAGAUGAGAGUACAGAGAAACCUUAUUCGAUGCAUCAUCUUGUAAUUUUUCUAUCAUCGUGUUCAGUUAAAUACGUUGCAUCUCUGGCUAAUCUUUAUCACCUCUUGUUCUGUCUGCAUGUUUUAUAUCAAGAAUGAGAUGGGGGGGGGGGGGGGCGGACGACCAUCAGUUCAGUUGAACAAGAGAAACACAAAAUAAACACUUUAAAUACAAAAUCAUUUUUAAUAGUCUGUAAAAAUGUUGUACAAAAGCGUUGUCCUUUUACAUUUUGUAAAUGGAACGAAUCGCUUCUCAUGUCGUUCAUCUCCCAGGAGUCUUCAGUUGGAUUGUUGUCAGUAUUUAAUGAAGUUUAUACAAUCCACUGUUGUGGUGUUAAGGCCUCUUGAUAUUGCCAUUAAAAACAUUCUGUUAGUCAAAUGGUUUUGUCUUUUUUGUUGUUGUUGUUUUGAAUCAGUGUAUAACAUGGGCUGUCUCAAAUUUACCCCCCUUGUUCCCUGUGCUCUACGUUUGACCAGGGCCUUAUUGGGCAGUCCAAUCACACCUUCUAGUUUCGCAGUUCAGUCAAAACGACAAGCAAAAUACAUUACAAAAAAAAUGUCUCAACAAGCAGAAAUUCCCUCAUUUGCCCCCCAAAUGUUCUUCAAUUCAAACAGUAAUUUGUUUGGUUCAGUGCUGCUCAGCAGACGUAACAGUGGAAUGACAACCAUAAACGUGAGGCACGUUCAGCAGGAUGCAAAUGGUUUUUUUUUUUUAACGUUCAGAUGGAAAUAUGCUAUGUAUUCUGAACAAAAAUAUAAAUGCAACAAUGUUAAAUGAUUUUACUUUGUGUGUGUGUAUAUAUAAAUGGAAAUCAGUCAAUUGAAAUACAUUUAUUUAGGCCCAAAUCUAUGGAUUCCACAUGACUGGGCAGGGGUCCAGCCAUGGAUGGGCCUUGGGAGGGCAUAGACCCACCCACUGGGUUGCCAGGCCCAGCCACAUGGGGAGAUAGGCCCAGCCACAUGGGGAGAUAGGCCCAGCCACAUGGGUUGCCAGGCCCAGCCACAUGGGGAGAUAGACCCACCCACUGGGUUGCCAGGCCCAGCCACAUGGGGAGAUUUUUUUCUCCCACAAAAGAGCUUUUAUUUCAGACAGAAAUACUCCGACAUACGGAACAUUUCUGGGAUCUUGUAUUUCAGCUCAUAAAACAUAAGACCAACACAUAAAAAAA